GGAGGAAUGUAGAUGUUGGAACUGGGGGAGAAUGGCCCUUCCUGGUAGUUCUGUGUUGCUUUGCUCAUCCCCAUGGAGAUGCAGCCAAGAAAGGGAAGAUGAAAGGAAAAAGGCAAAGGCAAAGGGGAAAGGGAAAGGGGAAAGGGACAUGGGGAGGCUCUCCAGGCUGGCACAGCCCUGGCACAGCCACCGGCCAAAGGGCACCUGCCUGCACUGCUCGUGGGAGAAGCGGCCCCAGCCGGGCUGGGCCUCGUAUUUAGGGGGUCUCCUCUGAAGAAGCCCAAGCUGUUCCUGCCCCUCCCUGCAGGGGUUUCCCCAGGAGUGCCAACUUCCCACCCUGCUGCCUCCUCACACAUGCCCCUGGGCUGUGCCAGCCUGGAGACUGUGGGCAGGCUGUGCUUUGGGGCUGGCAUGGUUGUGCUCCCAUCUGCCGCACUCCCAGGUUCCCUUUGGCCUGGAAGGGGCGGUUGCAGAGAUAUCCUGGGGCUGCCGUGUGCAGGGGUCCCAGGUGUGCACUGGCAUUAUCCUAGGGGAUCCCGGUGGUGCUCAGGGUGUGGGUCCUGGGGAUGUCACCGGAGAUUCUCCAGUGGGGAUAGGGAGCAGAAUCCUCCCAUGCCCCUAUGUUGUGUGCGGAGAGCAUUGGAAGAGCAGGACAGAGCAAGCAGGAAGGUCCAUUGUGGCCACAGAGGGUGUAGGAGGAAGAGCUGGGCUCAGGGGAUGUGCGCUGCCUCUCCUUGAUCCCAUUUGAAGUCAUGCCUCCAGGGCCCCCCUGAAAUGAAAGAUGUGAUGCUGACAGGGGCCUUGCCUGGUUUCCUCUGCCCGUUUACUCAUUGCUGCAGGACUGGGGGAGCUGUGGGAGAGGGAAAGCUACAGCUGUGGGAACUUGGAGAGAGAGACUGGGAUAUGGCUGAAGAACUAGUAGAGAGGGAGGAAUGUAGAUGUUGGAACUAGAGGAGAGGACCCAUCCCUAACAGCUUCUGUGCCACUUUGCUCAUCUCUACAGGCAUGGAAAGGGAAAAAGAAAGGGAAAGGGAAAAAGAAAGGGAAAAGGAAAAAGGAAAGGGAAAUGGAAAGGGGAGAAUUUUCUGGGACUCUUUGAGCAGAUCCCAAAGGGGCUGGUGUCUGCUUUCCUGAGGACCAUGGUCAGGAAGGAGUCUGACAUGGAGGUUUGGGGCAGACCUUCCCCUCUCCUCUUGUGGUCCUGCACACCCCCGCACUGUGGAGGGCUGUUUUCCUGGGGGAAGCUCUCCAGGCUGGGGAGGCAGCCCUGGCACAGCCACCUGCCAAAGGGCUUUCAGCAAAUUCCCCCCCUCCUACAGCAAAGCAUAACAUGCACUGGUGCUGCAGCUCUAUUGCUUGAUGGUAUUGGCUCAUCCCCGCAUGAGAGCCGAGUGUCAGCCCGCACUGAAGCCAGGGAGGGAUUGAGAGGCUGAAUCUGUAAUGGAUCCUUGCCAGCCCAUCUGUGUUUAUAGGCUGUGAUCUGCUGCUUCUUGAUUUUAUUCCAGCCCCUUGAUUGAAUUUCUCACAUGUAAGUGAGCCCCACGAGUCUGUCCUGGCCAUAUAUAAUGGAUGGCGGUGGAGGAGAAGAACACGAACAUGGCUCAAUGUCCGUAACAGAUGCCCAGGCAGUGGUACAGCAGGUCCCUCUGCUGAAGAUCCCCCGCCCACUGCCAGAACCUGCUCUCAGUGCCAGCCAAUGCAAAAGCCUUCCUCUGUCCCCAGCCUCAGCCAUUCUCCAUUGGCCCAGGAGCAGGACAAGGCUUGGAGCCAAGUCACCGAGCCACUAUCUCCAGGAACACUGCCAGUUCCACCCACUGAGCCCCGGUGCUGCCACUCGAUGCCCCAUCAAAUAUUAAUACAACGCUCAAUGCCUCUGUGCCCUGCCCCAGCGCUGCAGCCCUGGCCCCUGCCCUCUCCAGGGCUGCCCUACCACUCUGGCCUCCCCUCAUACCCCGUAUUGCUCAUUCUUCCACACACAGGGACUUUGGGGGUGCAGCUGCACCCACUUUUGGGUGUUCCUUGAGCAGGGCAGGCAGGACCAGACCCCCUAACCUCGGCAGGGGUCCCCAGCGGCCAGCUCAGCCCCCCGCAGCAGGUAAGACCCCGCUGGGCUGGGGCAGCGGGCAUGUCCCCAGAGAAUGCCAGCCCAUCACUCCAGAGAGAGGGAGGGCAGGCCGGGGGGAUGGGAAGUCCGGAGAAGGGUUGGUGGCCAUGAGGUGGCCCUGGGCUCGGCCCUUGGCUGCAGGGGUGUUCCAGUGCAUCCCUGGGGGAAAGGGGCCACGGGGACUCCUCAGCUUCUUCUCUGAAGGAAGCAGACCCACCUGUGGGUCUCCCCCGGGGAGGGUUCCCUGCAAGAAGUGGGGUGAUGUGUCGAGUCACCCCUCAGCCGGUCAUGCCUGGGGGGCCCUGGGGAUGUUGGGGCCCACGCCCCCUUGCUGCCCUGCCUCAGGAGGAGGCUCGUGUCUCUGUCCCCCGCAGCUCCUCGGCCCGGCGGAUGGACCCCAGCAGGUCGGUGCCGGCGGAGCUGAAGUUCCGCAAGCCCUCUCAGCGGGCCAGGAUCCCGGCGCCCUUCCUCGCCCACCCGGACGGGGUGGCUGGGCCGGCGGGACCCCCCGGGUCGGACCCCGCGGAGGCGGACGUGGACUCCCUUGUGCCCACGCACGACGAGCGGGGCCGGCUCAUCCCUGAGUGGAAGCGGCAGGUGAUGGUGCGGCGGCUGCGGGCCCGGCUGUGGGACGAGGCGGCGGGAGGGCAGGUAGGAGGGGCGCGGGGCGGGGAGGGGGAUGCAGCCGCAUGGAGCUUCUCGCCCUCCCACCAAGCCAUGCUGGGCCCCUUCGGGGAGCUGCUGACCGAGGCGGACCUGCAUCAGCUGGAGAGGGCGGUAGAGAGCCUGCGGCUGCGGCGACGCGGCGAGGUGUACCAGGGCGAGCUGCGGCGCUUGGCGCGGGAGCUACGCGCCCUCCUGCCCGCCCCGCUGCUCAGCAUCUCCGUCCGCAGCCCCCCGCCCGCCCCCGGGCAGCCCCUGCCCCUCUGGUGCGGCCGCCUGGCCGGCGCCGUCAGCAGCCUGGCCGCGCUGCUGGGCCACGUCGAGGGGGUCUGGGGGUCCCGCGCUGUCGCCGCCGCCCCUGUCGCUGACCCCGCUCCCCUCGCCGCCGGCGUGCAGCCCCGGGAGCCGGCGGGCAGCCUGGCGCAGCGGGAGAUCCGGCAAUGUGGAGUCUGCGUCCGCAGUUUGCGCGGCGCCUUCGAGCCCGCCUGGGGGGCGGCGGGGGCCGCGCCGGCCGGGGGUGGCGAGGCGGAGGCCGCCAGCGACUCGGGCAUCAGCUGCGAGGAGGCGUUUUCUGACGGCGGCGGCACGGGGCCGGGGCCGGGGCCGGGGCCGGUGUGCGGCAGCCUAAGGAAGGAACGGAUCGUGAUGCUCUUCCUGAGCCACUGGAGACGCUCCGCCUACGCGCCCCCCCGGCCCGCCGGGGACCCUCGGCAGACGGCGGGGAGUGGGGCGGCCCGCCUGGAGCGGCAGCGGGCGGCCAUUCAGAGGCUCCUGGGCUCCUGGCGGGAUGCCGUCUGCCGCCGCCCCCCGCCGCCGCCCCCCGCCCCUGCCCUGCUGUCACCGGAGCAGUUCGUGGCGGCGGCGGGGGGCGGCCCAGCCGAGUACGAGAGUUUGUCGCUGGAGAUGUUCAUGCUGGGCUAUUUCCGCAUCUUGGAACAGGAGCUGCCCCCCGAGGAGCGCCGCGGCCGCCACCUGCUCUGCUUCGAGGUGUUCGAGCAGCUGGGCCGGCACGGCUGGCGGGCGGUGCGCGCCUUCCACCGCGCCGUCACCGACGAGAUCGCGGCUGGGAGGCGCAGCUGGCGCGACGGCUUCGACGACAUCAAGGCACGGUACUUCGGGUCCUCGCAGAGCCCGGCCCAGAGGCCGGGGGAGGCCGGGGAGGAGGGGGAGGAGAUUUGCCGAUACAUCGAUCGCAGCUUCGCCUUUUGGAAGGAGAAAGAGGCCGAGAUCUUCAGCCUGGAGGAGUGAUGCCUGGAGGCGGGCUGCGGAGUGCUGUGGAGGCCGCGGGAUGCAAUAAACACCUUCUCGGUUCUCUUCUA